AUGGCUCGACCAUCUUCUGAUGCCGCGUCGCCUGAAGCGCCUGUGGCGUCAAAACGACGCGCUUCAGCUAGGCUGUCGGCCGCCGAAACGGAGGUCAAACGGAUCAAGUCAAACGCCGAUUUGAGCCUCCGCCAGGCGAAGUCCACAACCAGCAAGAGCAAGUACUUCGAAGCAGAAGACUCCGAGGAAGAAUCGGAGUCCAACGAGUCCGAGGAUGAAUCAUCUGAGUCUGUUUAUGAGGAAGGAAAAGACGAUCCGUCCUCGACCGAUGAAGCGGAGCCGGAAGAACCUUCCGACAGCGAAGAGGACACCAAGAAGUCCAGCGCGCGAGGCCAGCAACGAUCGAGCACCGCCAGCAAGCCUGAUGCUUUGAAAGGCAAGGAGCUCUGGCGCGAAGGCGUCAAAGCAGACCUGGCGCCAGGGCAGGAAAUCAUCAUCGCGAAGCCCAAGGCGCGGGACGCGGGGAAGACCCCGUACCAGGAUGAGACAUUGCACCCCAACACCAGACUUUUCCUCAUUGAUCUGGCUGACAACAACGACCGCCAAUGGAUGAAAGCGCACGAUCCGGAUUACCGCGCGGCAAAGAAGGAUUUCGAGACGUAUGUCGACGCCCUCACCCCAAAGAUCACGGGGGUCGACACUACGGUCCCUGAACUUCCGGUCAAGGAUCUGGUGUUUCGCAUCCACAGGGAUGUCCGCUUCAGCAAAAACCCCCUCCCGUACAAGACACAUUUCUCGGCUGCUUGGUCUCGCACUGGUAAGAAGGGACCGUAUGCUGCAUACUAUGUCCACUUCCAACCAGGCUCGUGUUUUGUGGGCUGUGGGAUCUGGAACCCGGAAUCAGAGCCACUGGCGUUGCUUCGAGAGGAGAUUGACGAGAACUCGUCAGCCUUGAAAGAGGUUCUUCGGGCACCGGCAAUGCGUCGCGAGUUCCUGAAAGGAGCCUCCGACGAUGACGAUGAGGUUGUGGAUGCAUUCACUCAUCACAACAGGGAGUCUGCUCUAAAGGUCAAGCCUAAGGGUUACGAGGCCGACAAUGCGAACAUCAAGCUACUUCGUCUACGCAGUUUCACCAUUGGGAGACCUAUUGCUGAUGAGGACCUCACUGGCGAUGAUGCCCAGGAGAAGAUCAUCUCGUUGAUUGAGAUUAUGGAGCCCUUUGUGAGUAUCGCCCGAUUUUCCCCCUCUUGA